UGUCAUAGGAUGAACCCUGCUGGACCACUCUUACUGUCUGUGAUAUCGUGUCUCCUGUGGCUCUCCCGGGGCUUUGACCCAGCUCCCAGUGCCUGCUCCGCCUUGGCCUCCGGGGUUCUCUACGGCUCUUUUUCACUAAAGGACCUCUUCCCCACUGUCUCCACUGGCUGCUCGUGGACCCUGGAGAACCCGGACCCGACCAAAUACUCCUUGUACCUCAAGUUCAACCGGGAAGAGCAAGUCUGCACCCACUACUCGCCCAUGGUGCUGCCACUGGACCAUUACCUCUCCAAUGAUACCUGCAGCCAGCCAGAAGUGACCGCCGUGCCUCGAGAGGAGGAGCAGGAGGAAGGGGAUGUCCGGUUGGAGCUUUGCCAAGGGGAAGGCCCUUUUGCCUUUUUCCAUUUCGACAAGAACUUUGUCCAGCUGUGCCUGGCUGAAGAACCCGAAGCAGCCACCCGCCUGCUGCCCCCCGACGCUGUAGAGUUCCGCUUUGUGGAAGUCCUCCUGAUCAACAACAACAACUCCAGCCAGUUCACUUGCAGCGUCCUGUGCCGUUGGCUGGAGGAGUGCCUCCGGCUUGGCACCGGCCAGCCCUGUGGCCUCUCACAAACAGGCUGCCUUUGCCAGCCUCCCCAAACCCUACCGGCCCCUCCUCAGCUCGACCAGACGGUCUCCAACGCUCUGACGCCUCCGGCUCCCAGCAGCAGCAACAGCCAGUGCUGCGUGACAGAAUUGCAUUCUGGGAAUGCGAAUGAUGUAUACUCUCCAGAGAUUAAGUACGGUGGUGCCGUACACGAGGAUCAGAAGGUGAAGACUCAGUGGCCACGGUCGGCAGAUGAACCAGGAGUGUACAUGGCACAAACAGGAGACCCUGCUGCAGAAGAGUGGUCUCCGUGGAGCGUCUGCUCGCUGACCUGUGGGCAAGGCACCCAGGUGCGGACCCGUUCCUGUGUCUCUUCGCCUUAUGGAACAUUGUGCAGCGGGUUGUUGCGGGAGACACGGCUAUGUAAUAAUACUGCCACCUGCCCAGUUCAUGGCCUCUGGGAGGAAUGGUCACCUUGGAGUCUGUGCUCGAGGACUUGCGGGCGAGGGUCCCGGAUCAGAAUGCGGCAAUGCGUUGCUCCCUGGCACAGCAGGAAGGCCUGCGAGGGUCCCAAGGUGCAGACUAAAUCCUGCAAUAUCGCUCUCUGCCCUGUGGAAGGCCAGUGGCUGGACUGGGGAUCCUGGAGCCGCUGCUCUGUGUCGUGUUCCAACGGGACUCAGCAGCGUACCCGCAAAUGCAGCGUCUCAUCUCAUGGCUGGGCAGAGUGCAAAGGGGCUCACGCCGAUGCCAGGGAGUGUUACAACCCUGAGUGUCCAGCCACUGACAGCACGUGGGGCCCAUGGAACCAUUGGAGUUUGUGCUCCAAGACGUGCGACACGGGCUGGCAGAGACGCUUCCGCAUGUGCCAAGGAACAGGUGUGCAAGGCUACCCAUGCGAAGGCAGCGGGGAGGAAGUCAAGACGUGCAACGAGAAGAAAUGUCCAGCAUACCAUGAGAUGUGCAAAGAUGAUUAUGUCACGCUGAUGACCUGGAAGAAAGCCGCCGCUGGGGAAAUAGUCUACAACAAAUGCCCAGCCAAUGCCACAGGGUCUGCCAGUCGCCGGUGCCUGCUGAACUCGCAGGGUGUGGCUUAUUGGGGUUCACCCAGCUUUGCACGCUGCGUUUCCCACGAAUACCGAUACUUACAUCUCUCACUCCGAGAACAUCUGGCAAAGGGGCAGCGCAUGCUGGCAGGAGAAGGCAUGUCUCAGGUGGUGCGUGGCCUGUUGGAGCUUGUGGCGCGCAAGACGUACUACAGCGGGGACCUUCUCUUCUCAGUGGAGAUCCUGCGCAACGUCACAGACACUUACAAAAGAGCGACUUACAUCCCCUCUGCAGAUGACGUGCAGCGAUUUUUCCAGGUCGUCAGCUACAUGGUGGAUGCAGAAAACAGGGACAAGUGGGAAGAUGCUCAGCAGAUCUUGCCUGGCUCUGUCCUCCUCAUGAAGGUGGUUGAGGACUUCAUCCACCUGGUGGGAGAUGCACUCAAGGCCUUCCAGAGUUCUCUCAUUGUCACAGAUAACUUGGUGAUCAGCAUACAGAGAGAGCCGGUUUCAGCGGUCUCCAGUGAUAUCAAUUUCCCCAUGAAAGGUCGCCGGGGCAUGAAGGACUGGGCACGGCACUCGGAGGACAAGAUCUUCAUCCCCAAGGAAGUGCUGAGCCUCUCGUCCUCAGAAACAGAGGACUCGACCUAUUUUGUCAUUGGUGCCAUCUUGUAUCGUACGCUGGGACUGAUCCUGCCUCCUCCUCGAAGUCCCUUGGCUGUCAUGUCCAGAGUUCUUACAGUGACCGUGAGGCCACCAACCAAGGCUGUGGAACCCUUGAUUGCUGUGGAAUUGUCCCACAUCUUCAAUGGCACCUCACAUCCGCAGUGUGUGACCUGGGAGUACAAAAAAGCGGAGGUUGGCUCCGGGAACUGGGACACCGAAAGCUGCCAGACGGUGGAAACUCUUGCGGCUCACACCAAAUGCCAGUGCAGCCAGCUCUCCACCUUUGCCGUGGUUGCUCAGCUGCCCAAAGACCUGGCUAUGGACUCCAGCAGUUCCCCCUCGGUCCCACUCAUGAUUGGUUGCGCUGUUUCCUGUAUGGCCUUGCUGACCCUGCUGGUGAUCUACGCUGCCUUUUGGAGAUUUAUCAAAUCGGAACGUUCCAUCAUCCUCCUGAAUUUCUGUGUCUCCAUUUUGGCUUCCAACGUGUUGAUCCUGGUGGGGCAGUCCCAGAUGCUCAGUAAGGGCGUCUGCACUAUGACAGCUGCUUUCCUUCACUUCUUCUUCCUCUCUUCCUUCUGCUGGGUGCUGACAGAGGCCUGGCAAUCUUACUUGGCUGUGAUUGGCAGGAUCCGGACGCGCCUUGUCCGUAAACGCUUUCUCUGCCUUGGGUGGGGGUUGCCGGCCUUGGUGGUGGCCGUCUCUGUUGGCUUUACUCGGACCAAAGGAUAUGGAACAUCCAGCUACUGCUGGCUGUCCCUUGAGGGUGGGCUGCUGUAUGCCUUUGUUGGCCCGGCCGCUGUGAUCGUUCUGGUCAACAUGCUGAUAGGAAUCAUCGUAUUCAACAAGCUCAUGUCCCGAGAUGGCAUCUCAGAUAAGUCCAAGAAGCAACGGGCAGGCUUCAGGGACCCCCCAUGCAGCAGCAUGUUGUUGAAAUGCACCAAAUGUGGCAUGGUGUCAAGCACGGCCCUCCCCUCGGCUGUUGCCAGAAGUGCCAUGGCAUCGCUGUGGAGCUCCUGCGUGGUCCUACCCCUACUGGCGCUCACCUGGAUGUCGGCUGUGCUCGCCAUGACCGAUCGACGCUCCAUCCUGUUCCAGGUCCUCUUUGCUGUCUUCAACUCGGUCCAGGGCUUCGUCAUCAUCACUGUCCACUGUUUUCUGCGCAGAGAGGUGCAGGACGUGGUAAAGUGCCAGAUUGGAGUGUGCAAGAGUGACGAGAAUGAAAACUCUCCUGACUCCUGCAAGAACGGGCAAGUCCAGAUCAUGACAGAUUUUGAAAAGGAUGUUGACCUGGCAUGUCAGACAGUCCUCUUCAAAGAGGUUAACACGUGCAACCCGGCCACCAUCACGAGCACCUUGUCACGUAUCUCCCUGGACGGGGACGAGGAUCCUAAGCUCAACUCCAGCUCCGAGGGUGGCUUGGGCUUCUCCACUCUCCCUGGGAAUAUCCCGCCCACCUCGAUCCUGGUCCAGCUUAAUGACCCGCCCAGCAAGAAGGACGUCAACUUGGAUGCCACACGGGGGCCUGUCUACAUGUGCGGCGAUAGCAACCUGCGGCAACUGGACUAUGGGUGGCUACGGCCUCAAGAGGCAGCCGUGGAGAGCAACUACAUGGUGCUGCCACGACGGACAGUGAGCCUUAAGCCCUUCACCAGGGAGGAGGGCAAACUCAACAUCAAACUGGACGAAGCGCCAGGCCUGACCAAGGUCCGUCAUAUGAUGGAGGCUGAGGCCUACCCUUCCUUUGCCUCAGUAGACCACAUCAACGUGAACUUGAACCAACCCUAUGGGACGAUCAAGCACCCGUACGGCCUCCAGUUCAAGCAGCAACCUACAGUGAGGCAAAUCUUGGCCUCGGAGGUGUCGGAACGCAGCCGCACUAUGCCACGCACCGUGCCAGGUUCCACCAUGAAAGUGGGCUCCCUGGAGAGGAAAAGGCUACGGUAUUCCGACCUGGAUUUUGAGAAGGUUAUGCACACAAGAAAACGCCACUCUGAACUUUACCAUGAGUUGAACCAGAAGUUUCACACAUUGGACCGGUAUCGGGCACCAGCAACCAACGCCUCAAAGAGAGAGAAGCGGUGGAGCAUCUCUUCGGGGAGCGGGGAAAAGAAUGUGGCCAGUGAGGCAGCCAGCCCAGACAGCCGGCAGCAGAAGCAAAAGUCUUGGAGCACCUUCAAGGCCAUGACGCUGAGCUCCUUGCCCUCCAAGCACCGAGAGAAACUGGAGCUCCAUUCUGCUGCUGACUGGGAAAAACAUUGUAUGAGCCUGGAUCUAUCCGAGGGAGACUUCCAGACAGAAGUGUGAGCCUCGUGGGCUCUGGGAU